CUUUGGCUCAUUAUGAUAAAUUUUCGUUCCGCGCGAAAUGUCGUACACCGAAGGGUCGAUUGUGAAUAUUAAACUAGAAAAUGUUCUGACAUAUGAUGAUGUGGAGUUCACAUGUGGACCCCAUUUGAACGUUAUCAUUGGUCCCAAUGGUACUGGAAAGUCAACCAUUGUUUGUGCAAUCUGUCUGGGCCUGGCUGGCAAACUAAGCCUACUGGGAAGGGCACAACACCCUACAGACUUCAUCAAGCAUGGAAAGAGCAGGGGCAGGAUUGAGCUCGAACUGCACAACAAUGAUGGGGACAACUAUCGAAUCAAGCGAGAGAUCAGUAAAGAGGGUCCCCAAAACAAAUGGUGGGUGAAUGGAAGGCAAGCUACACAGAAAUCAAUAGAGGACCUGGUGGCUCGCCUCAACAUCCAAGUGGGAAACCUGACCCAGUUCCUGCCACAAGAGAAAGUGUCGGACUUUGCCAAAAUGUCAGAGUUUGAGCUUCUAGAAAACACAGAAAAGGCAAUAGGUGAUCCUGAAAUGUAUGAGCUACACAUGAAGCUGAAGGACUCCAGAAACAAUGCAAGGGAACUCGAGCUGCAGUUUAACAGUCUUCAGGAGCGUUUAAACCAAGAGAAAGCCAAGAAUGCCCGUAUUGAGCAGGAUGUGAAAAGUUUUGAAGAACGGCAGAAAUUCCUGGAGCAAAUACAAAAUCUAAAGAUGAAGAAGGCGUGGGUGGAGUAUGAGGAGAGGCGACAGAUCUACUUGACAGACAAGGAGAAUAAACAGAAGGCCGAGAAAGAGGUAAAGAGACUCCGAGAUGCUAACGCCCCGCUACAAAAGAAAAUUGCCGAUGCUGUCAAGAGGAAAGAUGAAGUACAUGUGAAGAUAAAAGCAAAGACUCGAGAGCUACGGAAUGUUGCAGAAAGUGCAGAGAAGAAUGGUUCUGAAGUGGACAACCUUACAGACAAGUAUGUGGACGUGAAGGAUGAACUCAAGUUUAAGAGAGAACAGGAAGAAUCCAGAAAGAAAAGAUUGAGGGACCUGAACAAGCAGCUGGAAGCCCUUGAGACAGACCUGAGGAACCUAGAUGACACGGAAAAUGUACAGCCAAAGAUUGAGAAGGUAAACAAGUCGAUGCGAGAGGUUACUGUUCCGCUGGGACAGAUCAACCAUCAAGGGGACACGCUCAGAAUGGAGGUCGAGAAGCGCAGAAAAAACAUGGCAGGCAUUAACAAGGAGCUUCAGUCUCUGCGUAACAUAGAGAAUCAGAGGUUAGAGGGACUGCGGUCGAAACAUCGCGACACAUACACUGCCGUCAUGUGGCUUCGGGAGAAUAAGGCUCGGUUCAAGGGAAUCAUACAUGAACCCAUCAUGCUCUGUGUGAACAUGAGAAACCCAGAAAUGGCCAAAUACCUGGAGAACCACAUCUCGUUCAACGACAUGCGUGCUUUCGUGUGUGAAAACAGCGAAGAUAUGAACAUGUUUAUGGAUGUGAUGCGAGAGGAACAAAAUUUGCGUGUUAACGCUGUAGUGGCGCCCACCCAUCUCCCGCAAGACCAACAGCAACCCUCCCAAUCUAUUGAGAAUUUAAGGAGGUACGGUUUUGAGUGCUACCUGCAGGACCUGUUCACAUGUCCGGACGCUGUUAUGCGGUUUCUGUGCCGGCAGUACCGCGUACACAACAUACCUGUUGGCAACGCCCGUACGAAGGACCUUGUGGCAAACAUUAUUAAAGAAGUCCAGUUGGCAUGCUUCUAUACCAGUGACAAUCAGUACAAGAUAACCAAGUCCAGAUAUGACCAGUCCACAUCAUCCAGAAACAUGAAACUCAAGAAUGCCUCAUUGCUGACUUCGUCCAUGGAUGCAGAGAGGGAGUCAUAUCUUCUUCAGCAACUACAGGAGGAGACUGACCAGUGUCGUUCUGGGGAGGAGCAGUAUGGCGUGCUGCAGGACCGUUCCCGACACCUGGAACAGCAGCUAUCAAAGCUGAGGGAUGAAAAGAAACAACUGAUGAGCAGGAAGGAUCAGAAGAAGAGGCUGCAGUCACAGAUAGAGACCAAGAAACAAACUAUCAGUAGUGUUGAAAAUGAAACUGUGGAUAUUGACAACGAAGAAAAACUUGCCAAGAAAAAAAUAGCAGAUAUAAAUGCUCUGAAGAUGAAAAACCUGAAACAAUACAUCGAAAACACAGAGCGUUGUGUGGAGGUGUGUAAGGCGAAGGUGUGUCUGGGAUUGCGUCAUGCGGAGGCCGUGCGAGAGGUGAGGACAAUGGAGGCCGCAGUUCGGGAACAAACACAGGCUCUCCAACAGGCUGAGAACAAGUUUACACGUGUGAAAGAGCAGUUGCACAACUCAAAGAUUGUAGCCAAGCGUCUACUCGAGGAAGCAAAGCGGACGAGCGGUAUACGACCAGAUCAGGAGCUGCCAGAGGAAACCAGGGAGACAUUCCUGAGCCUACCUGACACUUUGGAAGAGAUAGAGGCACGGAUUAGUGAACACCAAGUCCGGGCCGACCUCACAUUGGACAUCGACAGAAGGAUUAUCGCAGAGUUUCAUCGCCGGAAAGGGGACAUUGACAGGCUUGAAAAAGAGGUGACUGAUAAAGAACAGGAGAAGGAUUCCCACCAGGAAAAGAUUGAGGAGGCAAAGGCUCGUUGGUUAGGUCCACUGCAGGAGUUGAUAGGUCGCAUCAACAAGGCAUUCAGCCACUUCUUCCGUAAGCUGCAAUCUGUAGGCGAGGUGGAGCUGCAUAUUCCAGACAACCCUGAGGAGUAUAGCAAGUAUGGUAUUAAGAUCAAGGUGAAGUUCCGUGACUCAGAGCCCCUUCGUGAGUUAUCCGCCCACCAUCAGAGUGGUGGGGAGCGGAGUGUGACCACCGUCCUCUAUAUGAUGGCCCUGCAGGAGCUUGCCAAGGUCCCCUUCCGAUGUGUCGACGAAAUCAAUCAGGGUAUGGACCCAGUAAAUGAGCGUAAAGUGUUUGAGCUGGUGGUACAGACCGUGUGUAAGGAAUCCUCCUCUCAGUACUUCCUCCUCACGCCCAAGUUGUUGCCUGACCUGGAGUAUGCCCCUGCCAUGACCGUUCUGUGUGUGUAUAAUGGACCGCAUAUGCUGAAACAUACCGAGUGGAACCUUAAACGCUUCAUUAAGAGGGGCCGUCCACUCAGAGACAGCUAGUCCGCCUGGCUUAGGUGAGACGUACCACACAUACUGAAACAGAGGUUUCAUCUACAUGGACCUGGGCGCCCACUAGAGAUAGCAAGUUGGCAUGACUUCGGUGAGACAGACAACACAUGCUGGAACAUUAGAUGAUUCUUCAAGAAAGGUCACCCAUUCCAGAAAGCUAGUAGGAUUGCUUAAAGGAGACUCGCCAUCAAUAAUUCUACCUUUGCUGAUGGGAUUUAGAAGAAUGAAAUAGUUUGUUAAGGGUAAAAAACAAUGUUUUUGAUAUCAAUAUUGAAUAAAUAUGGAUUUUUUAUGUUGAUAUAAACAUUCCUUUACUUCAGUAAUAAUAAUGAGUAUUCAGUAUUUUUAGUGUUUAAUUGUUAUUUCUAAGGUGUUUAUAAGGGUUAUUUCAUUUAACCAUGCAACCUAUCUAUAUAUUAUGUUUUUCCCCCUUGUUUGUCAUGUAUUAGAUUAAAUGAGCCGCAUCUCUUGAUUUUGGGCCUUUGGACGUAAUUAUUUCAAAUUAAAUAAUCAACAAUGAAAAAUGAUCCUUUCUAUGUAUAUUUAUUUCUUCCAAACUACUUUUUUUUAAAGGAAUCUCAUUGGUGCAUCAUUUUCUUGUUAAUUUAUGACUAUUCAUGUACUCAUGUUUCCAUAGCAAGUUAGCAGCUACUGAUUCCCUCUUGACUUAUUUCGACUGCAUUCACAGUCUGUUUUUAAAUGGCCCAAUGGAUUACAUAUGCAAAAAUGAAUCAUCAUUGUUUUCUUACUUUAUUUUUCAUACAGAUUCGGUAAACAACUAAAAUUAUAAGCUAGUUGUAAUAUUGAUAUGUUAAUGUUGCAUGUCAUUUCAGUAAUGUACUUUCGUCAUUAUGUGCGUCAUGUGAAUUAGUACAUUGUAUUCAAAAUGUGAAAAACAUGGUCUCACUUGUAAAUGUUUAUCUUAGGCAGUCAUCAUAAAAUUUUCGGUAUUACUUUAUUACUUAAUUACUUACUAAAUUAAAUGUCAUUUCAUUCAAUACCCAAUAAAAUAAUAAAAGCAAAUGUAAGUCUGAAAGCCAAAUAUCGCGCGAUGCAGCUGAAUGUAGAGCAAUAAACUGUAUAUAUUACUUGCAUGUGAAUUCAUUCUGUACAAAAAUCACUUCAUUCAUAUUAAUCAAUUUAUGAAUAUAUAUGUUCAGUUAAAUGUUUGGGAAGCUUGUGUUCUAGUUUAUUGUUUGCAUUCAAAAUCCAUUUUUAAUUCUGUAAUUUAAUUAUUUUUGUCUUACAUGUUGAAAAGUUGUUUUUGCUUUCUUUGAUGUUAAAAAGAACUGCGUACACAAUCAAUGAAUUUGCUUUCUUUUUAAUGUUUGUUUUCAAGCGAUUAACACCAUAUAUGUUCUCCUUUUUUUAAGUAACAUUAUUCAUACCCGUGCUAUGCAUUUGACUGUAUUUGUUGUCAUCUACAUCCAUGAACAACCAUUGAUUUUAAGUGAUUAAAACACUGAUGCAUAUUUCAUUUAUCAUCAAAAUCAUAAUGUUUGAAAGAAAAAGGCUAAAUAUUUUUUUUUUCUUUUCAUAAAUAUACAAAUGUUUUUGCACAUCUACAGUUAUGGAAUUAUUUUUGACAUUUAAGUGCCCUAAAAUUAAACAAAUAUCACUAAAUCUAUCAAUUAUAUAUAUGUAUCUAACAUGUACUGUAUAGCCAAAUCAUGUUAAACGACAUUAAUCAUUUUUCACUAGCAUUGGAAGAGUUUUAAACCAUUGAAAAAAUUAUAGCCAGUAAGUAGUUACACAAAAGAUGCAUGUUUCUUGUGUCAUGGAGAUUUUAUUACAAGGGAUGUAAUUUGUUGUUCAUUGGUGAUAGUGUAUAUUUUUCAUUGCUUUGUUAUUCAUGGACAAACUGCAGUGUGCAAUAUUUUAUGCAUUAUACAAGUAGGAUCAUAGCUGUGAAAUGUAAAUUAUGAUGAAUAUUUUGUUACAUUUUUACUUGAAAAUAAA